AUGUCCUUUCCACCGCAUUCCUUGCACGUAUCCCUUCCACCGUGCCCUUUCCACGGGUCGCGUUCCGUCCAUUUCGCGCCUGUGCGCGUCGCUCUUGGUGCUGCUAAGCCCUUUCUUCCACACCAACCUUCUCACUACACCCCCCCUCUCUUCGACACCCUCUCCCCCUCUCCCCGUCUUCCCCAUCACCCUCGUCCCAUCUUCCCAUCCUCCCCUCUCCCCCUCUUCCCCUCCUCCCCUCUCCCUUUCGUCCCUUCUCACCUUCUCCUCGUCUCCCUUUCUCGCUCUCCCCCUCGUCCCCUUCCCAUGGCCGCUCUGCACACCAUAGCAUCGUCUCUCACCUCCUCCAACCCUUCUUCCACGCCUGUGGCCGCUCUUCACACCAUAGCAUCGACCCUCACCUCCUCCAACCCCUUCUUCCACGCCUGGUCUGGAAACGACCCUUGCGUCGCCGUUGCUCCUGGUGGUGGUGGUGGCGGUGGUGGUGGUGCUGCUGCUGGUCCCAGCAGCAAGGGCUGGCAGGGGGUUACCUGUGAGAGUGACGGUUCGGGCAACCAUGUGGUUACAGCGCUGACACUGCAAGGGUUGGGACUUUCCGGGCAGCUUCCGCCAGCUCUCUUCGAGCUAACGGCACUCAAAAGCCUGGACAUUUCUCUCAACCCAGCGCUCACAGGCAGCAUAUACAGCACCAUCAGCGCUCUUUCAGAACUCUCCAUGCUGGACAUGCACGGAUGCAACCUGUCAGGAUCCAUACCUUCAACCAUCAGCCUCUUAAGAAAUCUCAACUUCUUUGCUGUCAACAGCAACCAGCUCUCUGGCAGCAUCCCUAGACAGGUGGCGAAUCUAACCAACCUCUAUUUCUUUGACAUCACAGACAACAACAUCUCAGGGCCUGUGCCCAUCCAACCGGGAUUCGACACGUGUACCAGCAUGGGCCACCUUCACCUGAGUCGCAACCAGCUAACAUACGUUCCAGGGGAACUGGGACGCCUCCCAAACCUCAUCCACCUCCUGGUGGACAACAACCGUCUCAACCAGACCUUUCCAGCGGGACUCAGUGGCUCCACCAGCCUCCAGAUCAUCCAUCUGAGCAACAACACCAUUCAGGGCUGGCUUCCACCUUCUCUCAGCCUCCCAGCACUGCAAGACCUGUCGAUGCACAAUUGCUCCAUGCAGCCCCAACCACUGCCGCCUUUGACAGGCCUCCCAUCACUCUGCUACCUCGAUUUGAGUCGCAACAACUUUCAAGGCCCCCUGCCGCUUGCUCUCUUCACCACACACCCUGACCUGGUAACCCUCAAUCUCGCAUUGAACCAUCUCAACGGCACCCUCCCUCCCGGGCUGCCCUCAGCCAACCUCACACGCCUGCACUCCAUUAUCCUAUCAGACAACAAACUAACCGGCCCCGUGCCUCCUCUAGACGCCCUCCCUGUCAUCGCCACCAUCUCCCUCUUUGAUAACCACUUCACCCGCGCGCCUGCUGCUCUGCUCAGCAACGAGAACGUCACACUGCAGCUAUACGGCAACGACCUCUGUGUGCCCUACCGCCCUGCAGUCACUGCAGCCUGCUCGCCUCCACUCGGCUUCAUGCAGUAUCAGCCCCCUCCCAUUUGCGACGACCUCGCCUGCCCCUCUCUCUACGCGCCCAGCCCGCCCCUGCUCGCGCUGACCAACGUGUGUGUGUGUGCUUCGCCGCUGGAGGUGGAAUUGAAGCUGACUGCGCCGCAGUAUGCGGUGUUUAAUGAUGAGCUCGCGAGUCUGCUUGUAGAGAGGAUCGCGGGGAGCUUGGGGAAGAAUGGGAUCGGCAUUUCGACAGGGCAGGUGGGUCUGGUCUGGUGUGUCUCGCCGCUGGAGGUGCAGCUGAAGCUCACUGCGCCGCAGUACGCGGUAUUUCAUGACGACCUCGCGAGUCUGCUUGUAGAGAGGGUAGCGGAGAGUCUGGGCAAGAAUGGUAUCGGCAUUUCGACGGGGCAGGUGGGUCUGGGGGGAACUGGUGGGUGUGGUGGGGACAGGGCAGGUGGGUAUGGUGGAGCAGGCACCAGGUCUAUCCUCUCUCCUUCCACCAUCAGCACCUCCAUCCGCUUCUUUCCCCAUUCCCCCGAGCCCCCUUCCCCAUUCCCCCGAGCCCCCUUCCCCAUUCCCCCGAGCCCCCUUCCCCAUUCCCCCGAGCCCCCUUCCCCAUUCCCCCGAGCCCCCUUCCCCGUUCUCCCUCCCAGUCUCUCUCCCUCCCAGUCUCUCUCCCUCCCAGUCUCUCUCCCUCCCAACUUGUUCCCACCCUCGUGCCCUCACACCAACAGAUCGCCAUCGUGUCGGUUACCAGGCCUAUACUCUCCCCUUCCACCUUCCUCUGUUCCCUUUCUCCUAUGUUCCCCUCUCUUCGUUUGCUUCCUCCCCCCUCGUUCAACAGAUCGCCAUAGUGUCAGUCACCGGGUGAGACCUGGGGGAGGCAUGCAUGGGGCAGGUGAGACCUGGGGGAGGCAUGCACGGGGAAGGUGUGACCGUGAGUCUUUUAUCUGGCAGAUAAGGGAGGCGUUCGUGUGGCACAAGGUGCUGCUGGGGACGGACUUUCGGCCUCACAUUGUGGAGGCCAUGUAUGGGCCAGGUGAGAGAGGAAGCAGUAGGCCACUUCACCAGGUGGGCCUUAUAUCGUGGAUGCCAUGUACAGGCCAGCUCCCUGUGGCGCCUACUGGGGGAGGGGGCAUGACCACUGCUGCAAUUGUGGGCAUCAGUGGUGGAGGGAGUGCUCCCCCACCCGCCCCCCCUGUGGCGCCUACUGGGGGAGGGGGCAUGACCACUGCUGCAAUUGUGGGCAUUGUGGUGGGGGGAGUGGUGGCCGUCGCUCUCAUUACUCUGCUGAUCGUGUGGCUGGUGCUGCUAAGGAACCGAAACAAAGGUGAGACCAGUGGAGCCUACUUGUUCUCAUGCCUUUGCCCUCUCGUGUUGCUGGUGCCCUCUGUUCUCUUCCUCUCUCGUGUUGCUGGUGCCCUCUGUUCUCUUCCUCUCUCGUGUUGCUGGUGCCCUCUGUUCUCUUCCUCUCUCGUGUUGCUGGUGCCCUCUGUUCUCUUCCUCUCUCGUGUUGCUGGUGCCCUCUGUUCUCUUCCUCUCUCGUGUUGCUGGUGCCCUCUGUUCUCUUCCUCUCUCGUGUUGCUGGUGCCCUCUGUUCUCUUCCUCUCUCGUGUUGCUGGUGCCCUCUGUUCUCUUCCUCUCUCGUGUUGCUGGUGCCCUCUGUUCUCUUCCUCUCUCGCAAAAUAUGUGCUCUCCGCCCCGCAUCCCCCACUCAUCCGCAUACCCGCCAACAUCAGACCUGUGGAGCUCAGAGGACUACAAGGCAAUAGAGGGGCUGCAGGCGCUGGGCGUGCACCGGUGCAGCUCAGUCUGAGGCAAUAUGUGCUCUCCACCCAUCCCCACCCAUCUUCACCGCUCCCCAUCCCUCCCCAUCCCUUCCCACCCCUCUCCAUCCCCCUCCACCGCUUCCCACCUCGGUAUUUUCCUGAAACAUCAGACCUGUGGAGUUCAGAGGACUACAAGGCAAUAGAGGGGCUGCAGGCGCUGGGCAUGCACCGGUGCAAGCUGAAGGAGAUAGCCGAUGCCACCCAGGGGUUCAAGACGCUGCUGGGGGAGGGCGGAUACGGACAGGUGUACCGGGGAGUGCUGGUAACAGGAGAGGUGGUGGCAGUGAAACGAGCCAAGGGCCAUGUGAAGCUGGGUGGCACGGAGUUUCGCAACGAGAUCCAGCUGCUGUCAGCAGUACGCCAUCGCAACCUGGUGGCGCUGAAAGGCUUCUGUGUGGAGGCGGGCGAGCAGCUGCUGGUGUAUGAAUUCAUAGAGAGGGGGACGUUGGAAGAUAUGCUGAGAGCCGACUCAAAGCACCAGUUGACGUGGCGGCAGCGGGUCAACAUUGCGUAUGGAGCGGCCAAUGGGUUUGCGUACCUGCACCAUCAGAUCAAGCCGCCCAUCAUCCACCGCGAUGUCAAGACGGCCAACAUCCUCAUCACAGCAGGCCUCGAAGCAAAGGUGUCAGACUUUGGAAUAUCCAAGGCUGUUCCUGAGGAGGCGGAGGGAGGGAAGCUGGAGACACAAGUCAAAGGGACCGUGGGCUAUUUGGACCCACAAUAUUUCCAAUGCGAUCUUCUGACUGAGAAGAGUGACGUGUACAGCUUUGGCAUCGUGCUGCUAGAGCUUGCCACUGGCCUCCGCCCGGUGACCAACGGGGAGCACAUAAGACGGAUCGUGAUCGAUAGGGUUACCAACCACGGUGGUGUGAACAGUGUCAUGGACCCGGUUUUAAAAGCCAUGUGUGAGGGGCAGCAGGGGGGGGAUAGGGGGACCGGGGAGGGGGGAGGAGAGGCCGGAGGAGCUAGGGGAGGAGAAGGAGAAGGGGAGGGUGGAGGGGAAGGGAGAGGAGGUAGAGGAGGUGGGGGAGGUGGAGAGGUGGGGAUGAGUGAAAGUAAGGAGACGUGUGGAAGCGAGGCCUUGGAGGAGACGUUUGAGUGGUUCUUGCGGCUUGCAAUGCGGUGCAGCUUGAAACAGGCUCAGAACCGACCCGACAUGCAACAGGUUUUGAAGGAGUUGGAAGGGAUUAAGAGGCGGUUGAACCGGGUUUCUGCUUCUCGUGGUGUUGGCGGUAGUGCUGGUGCUGCUGCUGCUGGCGCUGCUGCUGGCGCUGCUGCUGGUGGUGCUGCUGGUGGUGAUAGUAGCAGGCGUGACAAUGGCGAAGGGCACGAUUGGGAAGAGGAGCCUGUGUGUGUGGCUAAGUCACAAACCAGCGACAAGUUUUGGAAAGAAAUAGCUGCAGCGGCAUCAGGAGGCGCUGCAAGGGAGGAUUGGGGGGAGGAGGACGAGGAGGAGGAUGUUUCGUGGUAUGAGGAGCGAAUGAAGAGGAGUGGAGAAGGGAAGGGUGGGACUUCGAGCAGCGGUGGGGAUGGGUUGAGUCCGAUGGUUACGUUCAGUGGGAGUGUGCAUAAAGGAGACGUUAAUCCCCGGUGA